CCAGUGAUAGGAAAUCCUUGCAGAAUGGAGGAGUACUCUCGGGAACCGUGUCCCCAUCGCAUUGUUGACGAUUGCGGAGGGGCCUUUGCCAUGGGCUGCAUUGGAGGCGGGGUCUUCCAAGGACUCAAGGGAUUCCGGAAUGCGCCUCAGGGCUUCGGGCGACGGGUCGCAGGGGGUGUGGCGGCCAUGAAGGCCAAAUCGCCGGUCAUUGCCGGCAAUUUUGCGGCCUGGGGAGCCGUUUUCAGUAUUUGCGAUUGCAGUCUGGUCCAACUGCGCAAGAAGGAGGACCCAUGGAACUCGAUUAUUAGUGGAGCGGUGACCGGCGGAGUUCUGGCCUCUCGCAACGGAGUGGCCGCCAUGGCAGGAAGUGCCAUCAUCGGGGGCGUCCUGCUCUCCAUGAUCGAGGGUGUGGGCAUCCUGUUCACCCGCAUCUCGGCGGAUCAGUUCCGGAAUCCUACCCCACCAUCGGUAAAUGAGGCCGCCGCAGGAUUCGGCGACUUGGACUCCUCAUCGGGCUUUGGAUUCUCUGGCGGCCAGCAGGCCAAUGUCACUAGCUAAAUUUAAUUAAUUUUUAUUUUUAAACCGAAGCCGGAAUUUAAAGUGCUAGAAGUGGCAGAAAAAAUAUGUUACAGCUUUAUUCCUUGCAUGACAAAUGUAUACAAAAAAUUAUUUAUGAAAUGGGAAAUAAAUUAAUAUCAAAAUUCCA